GAAGGAAGGCGAGGAGGAGAUCGAGGGUCGCAGGGGGGGCACCACUGCACUGCGCGCGGGGAGCGAGGGAGAUGCAAAGGGGAAGGGCCCGCCGCCGUGUGCGGCACGAGCGACUUCUCGGGGAGCUUCAGGGGUCUCGGGGACGGGAGCGGGGCCGUCUGGACUGGCCGGCCGCGAAGCGAUUGUGACGCCACCGGCCUGCCCACGUGCUGGCGGUGCGCGCCAUAGAGGCGCCCGCGCGCCUUCCCCUCGGCUGGGGGCCUCGCCGCGCGGGCAGUUGCGACCGAGGGGGCGCGGGCGGGUGGGCUGGCGGGCGAGGAAGACGCGCGGAAGAGCCGCAGGCGGCUGGGCGGGCGGGCGAGCGAGCGGCUAAGCAGGCUAUGCCGCGCUGAGCGCUGCUGAGACCAUCGCAGCAAGGAGCAGACACGAAGGCCAUGCGCAGGAGGAGGCGACGACGGCACCAUGGAGAAUAAAUGGUUCUUGGAUAUCAUCUUUGAUGAAUUUCGAGAUGGCAAAAUCAAUAUAGAUAAGACCUUGAAACUACUCAAUAAGUUUGAAGUCUCGUACGACUACGUUCACGUGAAAAAAGUGUUUAAGAAAAAUGACAAACAGAAGACUGGUCUUAUUACAAUGGAAGAUUUUAGGGCAAUUUAUCGAACUCUCCUGCAUAGACCUGAGUUCAAUGAACUCUUCGGGACCUACUCACCAAACAAAAAAAUCUUAUCAGCAGCAAACCUAGCUGAAUUUCUCAGAAAGGAACAGUUUGAACUGGAAGCUAAUGAAGGAAGAGCUGUUUCACUCAUUAAUAAGUAUGAACCCAUUGACCAAGCAAGGAAAAAUAAGGAGAUGACCUUCGAAGGUUUUAUACGAUACAUGUUGUCAGAGGACUGUAGCGUAUUCAGACUACAGAACAGAAAGAUUUACCAAGACAUGAGCCUCCCAAUGUGUGACUACUACAUUAACUCUUCACACAAUACCUACUUGAUUGCUGACCAGCUUAUAGGGCCAAGUCACCUGUGGGGCUAUGCAAGUGCCCUAAAGAAGGGAUGCCGCUGCUUGGAAAUUGACUGCUGGGAUGGACCAAACAAGGAACCUGUGGUUUACCAUGGGCAUACCUUGACAAGCAAAAUUACCUUCAAGAAUGUCAUCAGUGUGAUCCAGAAGCAUGCCUUUGAGGCAUCGGAUUAUCCCAUCGUGUUAUCUUUGGAGAAUCACUGCAGCCCUCCGCAACAGGAAACCAUGGCAGCUCACUUGCUUGAUAUUUUGGGGGAUCUACUUGUUACUUCGACAAUUGACCAUGCCAUGCCAAAUCAACUGCCUUCCCCAGAGGAAAUGAAAUUCAAAAUAAUGAUAAAAAAUAAGAAGAUUGGAACACUGGAAGAUACACUUCGGCGAAGGGGUGAGAGAAGUCGGGGUGAGGUAGGGGAACUUGAGGAGAUCAUGGGAUCAGAUGAUGACAUCUAUGCUGGUGCUGCAGACACUCUGAUACCAAAAGCUAAGCCUAAAUGCCCAAAGAAGGAGAAAGGGAAGGUCCAUAAGGUGAAAGUGGCCAUGUUGCUGUCAGAACUAGUGAUUUACACUGCUUCCCGGUCAUUUGUCAGCUUUGAAGAUUCAAAAGAGAAGCAGAAAUUUUAUCAAAACAAUUCCAUAGGGGAGGUGAAAGGCCAAAAGUUCAUCAGCAAGAGAGCUCCUGAGUUUGUCUUGCACACAGUCCGCUUCAUUACAAGAAUCUACCCCAAGGGAACCAGGGCAGACUCAUCCAAUUAUGACCCCCAAGAAUUCUGGAAUGUUGGGUGCCAGAUGGCAGGGGGAGAGCAAUUGUCCAUAUCCAACCCCAGCUCAACAUCCCUCCAGAGGCUGUUGCUGGUGUCUACCUUGUGCUUUGUUUCAGAUUUGGCCUUAAAUUUCCAAACGACCGGAGUAUAUAUGGAUCUGCUACUUGGAAAAUUUCAGGACAAUGGUGGCUCUGGUUAUCUCUUAAAACCAGAUUUCUUGAGACGGAAAGACACAACCUUUGACCCAUUUGAUGUAUGUGGGAAUUAUAAUCCAGUUACGCUCACAGUAAAGAUUAUUAGUGGUUAUCAGCUGCCUCCAAGCAACCUCUCCAAGAGCAAUAAAGCUGAUCCUUUAGUCAUCGUUGAAAUUCAUGGUGUUCCUGCUGAUAUGGCAAAGCAGCAGACUUCUGUAAUAAAGAACAAUGCUCUGAAUCCUCGAUGGAAUGAAACAUUCACCUUUAAUAUCCAAGUUCCAGAUCUUGCCUUAGUACGCUUUAUUGUGGAAGAUCAGAUGUCAAUAACUGCCAAUGACUUCCUAGGUCAAUAUACUUUGCCACUUAUGAGCAUGAAUAAAGGCUAUCGCCACGUUCCGCUGGUUUCCAAGCUUGGUGUUAACCUCAAGCCCGCCUCUCUCUUCGUUUACAUCUGGUACUUCCAACAGUAAUGCCAUCACCGCUCCCCCCAGCUGCAUGUUUGAAUAAAGCAACCAUGAUUGAAACCGAA